AUGAAGUAUACAACAAGCCUCCUCCUUCUAACAGCGUCACUCCUCCUCCUAACAUGCGCCACGCACGUGCUCUCCGCCACCCCAUGCCCACCAUGCGGCAACACCACCGUACCCUUUCCACUCAGCACCACCUCCACAUGCGGUGACCCGUUAUACAAAAUCCGCUGCACCUCCUCCGGUUCACUCGUUUUCGACACACUAAACAACACCUACCCUAUCGAAUCCAUCAACCCACGAACCCAACGCUUCGUAAUCCAACCCGCUCCACUCAUCCCCAACACAUGCACUUCCACCGAUAAAAUCCACCAAGGAAUCCAACUCAAUAAUACUCUCCCCUUCAACAUCACGAGCUCCAACACCAUCGUUUACCUCAACUGCACACUCGAACUUCUCCAGUCACCGCUCAACUGCUCCGCCGCGAGCGCUUGCCAUGCUUACAUCAACGCCACCGCUUCUGUUUCCGCCUGCCAGACCGGUCCGCUUUGCUGCACUUACCGAACCGGUGGUUCGAGUAACUCUUACAUGAUCCGUGUUAGAGACUCGGGUUGUAGCGCUUACUCUAGUUUUGUGAACCUUGACACGACUCUUUCUGUGAGCCGGUGGUCUAGACCGGGUUUGGAGAUUCAGUGGAUGUCGCCUAGAGAAACUGUCUGUGGGUCACAGAAAGAUUGUGAUGCUGCCACGUCGACUUGUGGGGUAGAUGCUUCAUCGGGUAUUGGGAUCAAGAGGUGUUUCUGUAAUGGAGAGCUUGUGUGGGACCCCGUUCAAGGGGUGUGUACUAAAAAAAUUACUUGCUUCAAUCCUGAUGGCUGUGACGACUCCAACAAUAAGACAGCAAUAAUAGCAGGUACAGCAUGUGGAGUUGGAGCUGCACUCAUCCUAGCAACAAUUGCCAUUCUUUUCUACAAACGCUAUAGACGCAUAUUAGAAGCACAACAGCGCCUGGCCAAAGAGCGUGAAGGAAUUCUAAACGCAAGUGGUGGAGGAAAAGCAGCCAAACUUUUCACCGGCAAAGAAAUUAGAAAGGCCACAAACAACUUCUCCGCCGACCGACUCCUCGGUGUUGGUGGCUACGGUGAAGUCUAUAAAGGUACUCUUCAAGACGGUACAACCGUAGCUGUCAAAUGUGCUAAGCUUGGAAACCCAAAAGGCACGGAUCAAGUCCUUAACGAAGUUCGCAUAUUAUGCCAAGUUAACCACAGAAACCUCGUUGGAUUAUUGGGUUGCUGCGUUGAAUUGGAACAACCGAUAUUGGUUUAUGAGUUCAUAGAAAAUGGAACACUUCUUGAUCAUUUAACAGGUCAAAUGCCAAAGGGACGUGCAUCACUUAAUUGGAACCAUCGUCUUUGCGUUGCUCGCGACACUUCUGAAGGUCUUGCUUACCUUCAUUUCAUGGCAGUGCCACCUAUUUACCAUAGAGAUGUUAAGUCAAGUAACAUUCUUCUAGAUUUCAAGAUGAAUGCUAAGGUUUCGGAUUUCGGGUUAUCACGGUUGGCUCAAACAGAUAUGAGUCAUAUCUCAACUUGUGCUCAAGGGACACUCGGGUAUCUCGAUCCUGAGUAUUAUCGAAACUAUCAAUUAACCGAUAAAAGUGAUGUUUAUAGUUUUGGAGUUGUGUUGCUCGAGCUUCUGACGUCUCAGAAGGCAAUAGAUUUUAACCGGGCUUCUGAUGAUGUGAACUUAGCAGUUUAUGUGCAAAGGAUGAUGGAUGAAGAGAAAGUGUUUGAUGUCAUUGAUCCUGUUUUGAAGAAUGGAGCUAGUAAUAUAGAGCUUGAUACCAUGAAGGCAUUGGCGUUUUUGGCUUUGGGUUGUUUGGAGGAGAAGAGACAGAAUCGACCUUCGAUGAAAGAGGUGUCCGAGGAGAUUGAGUAUAUCAUUAGUAUUGCCAAUGCAAAAGGAAUGGAGAAGUAG